GAUCCCCCUCUUAUGUUCAGCGAGGAGUAUCAGAAAGCGAUGCUAAGAGAGUACCACUCUGUUUUUGACAAAAAGAGGCAAGAGUAUGUGAUCGGGGAGCUCGUGUGGAAUUUUGCUGAUUUCAUGACCAAUCAAGGGACCACGCGUGUUUUGGGGAACAAGAAAGGAAUAUUUACCCGCCAACGACAGCCCAAAUCAGCCGCGUUUGUUCUUAGAGAAAGAUACUGGAAGAUUGCAAAUGAAUCAAGCUGUCUUCCUCCUAUAAUAAAGUCACACGCCCUCUUUCUAAAAUGAAAUCAGAAGGUAUAGUGCUGGCUGCUAUGCUGAACUUGUUCAUUAAAUUUCUGUUUAAAUA